AUGUGCCACUCCGCGCCGGCUAUACAGAAUAACCAGCGAUAUGCGGCUGAACGUUCACUAAAAACCUGCGAAAUUGAUAGUGCAUCGUACAUACAUAUGCGACCUCCCCACCCUUACGCGCCUGCCUUGGAUGCUCGCAAAUCCUCACGACUUGCGAAAAUAUCGCCCUCUUCGUCACAAAUCCCCCAGGAAUCGACCACGGUAUCGAUAGACCUGCCUCCGCCGCACGAAGCCUCUUCAAGGGAUGCGCUCAAAGGACCUUCUCUAGAUGCCACUGCGUCACUCGCAUCCAGUGUCAAAGGGGUCAAGAAAGCCAACAGAGCGAAUCUACAACAGACCCGGUGGGCUUUGAGUAAAGAGAAGCGACGAUGUGCAGAACUUGAUGCAGCGAAUCAGGAGUUGUCUCAACGGAUGACAGUGAUUACUGCCACUCUUGCCCAAGCGCUCAGGUGUGGCAUUUGUCAUGAUUACAUGGUAGCGGCUUCCACCACGUCUUGUGGUCAUACCUUUUGCACAGGCUGCCUUGCGUCAUGGUUUCGAUCACAGAUCCGGUACAAACUGGAUGACUACGGAUAUGGCCGUAUAUUUGAGGACAAUGCCUUCCCAAGAAACGCCGAAGAGAGGAGACUGCUUCAAAGAACACUCCAGGAGGACAUGUCAUUUGCAGAGGCAAAGGAAUGGUUUGCCUAUAGAUGCCCGACGUGCCAAGGGGACGUAACGAAGACUCCUUAUGAGGUACACAUGAUGAAGGAGAUCAUGGAGUCCUUCGCGGUCAACGUCUAUCCUGAUUUAGAGAAUUCUGCGCUAGGUAGGGCCGCGAAUGCGGUCGAGUUUGCGGGCCUCUUCGUAGAUGGAGAUUUGUGCUAG